AUCGAAUUCUAGUCCACAUUCCCUUCACUUUCGCCAUCUUAUAGCUUAUAUCAUGUUCAAUUAACUAGACACCAGUCUGAUAGAUUUGUUUCUCCGUAUACCUUCGCACUCGAGAAAGUCCGUUAUCCGUCGCUAUAACAUUAAAAACUGCAAACUUCCAUCCGUUUCAAAGAGAGAUAUCGUGAAUCAUCGUUCUCGCUCAUCGUUUGAUACACCCUGUCGAGUCUGCCGUGCUUCUCGGAGGCGAAAGGAAGAAAGAUGAAAGUAUUUUCUUCAGACUGCACCUUCAACUACUCGUGGGAUGAAGUCUCCACGGCAAACUGGCGCAAAUACUGCCCCUGGAAUGAUAAGUCGACGCAUGUGAAGGCUGUUGAUACCCUGUCGAGGACGAUUGAACCAUCAACGGGCAUUUUGCGCACCGAGCGUCUCAUAACUUGUUAUCAAUCUGCGCCAAAAUGGGUGCUGAGCCUUUUCGGAGGUAGCCCGCUGUCAUAUGUUUAUGAAGUUUCAUACGUCGACCCAGUCACCAAGAAAGUAACCAUGUGCUCUACGAACCUCACAUGGGCCAAUGUUCUUAAUGUCCGAGAGACGGUCACCUACCAACCAUCCCGCUUAACACCAGACAACCAGACCGAAUUCCAACAAGAAGCGACCAUCACCGCGCUCUGCACAGGGUGGCAAAAGAUUAAGAAUAAAGUAGAAGAAGCCAGCGUUGAGCGAUUCAGGGAAAAUGCCAAACGAGGUCGCGAAGGCUUUGAGGCCGUUCUCGAAAUGAGUCGACGCGUGUUCGGCGAACAAAAAGAACUUGAGAAGAUGCAAUCCUCCUAGAUCGAAUCGGCGCGCUUCCUUACGCUCCUAGAGCUUUUUUUUUUAACGACACCUUCAUAUGUUUUCUCGACUGAGCGAUUGCAUGCAUCUGCUUUAUAGAUUUGCAUUGGGAUUCCGAUUCGGCGUUUGAUGAUAUCCUUGACGAGCCACUUUUGUGAUCAGCAUAUACUUACUGUACAUGCAAUAGAUAAAAGCGUUUGUGUUUUUUUCGGUGCGAGACUUGGUUCAAUCAGCCACUUACUCUGCUCUUCGACGUUUAGCGACUGUCAUCAUAGUGACCUCUCGACUCAAUGUCUGUGAAUGAUUAUGUUUAAUGUUUCAAAGCCACUAAACCUAGUUCAUAUCUUGAUGCCUAUAUACAUAGCAAAAAUGUAUGACUCUACUGGAAUGGUAUUCUAUAUGCGCCUAUUAAGGUCCAGGAUUGGAUCCUUGCGAAGCUAAUUCUUUAUCCCUCGUGUCCUGCUCAAUGACACCCUUCUUCAACUUUGCGCGUUGUCUUUCUUCGUAAGCACUACGGCUCUUGAGGAUCCUCUCGACAAUCUCGCCUGCAUUCACAUGCUGAAAUGGGUGGUUUCCGACUUCCUUGAAGAUACCCAUUUGCUUAGGGGCAACAUACGGAUCAUAUGUUAGAGGAAUAAAAGUUGUGGGUCCAUGGUAUACCACAUCAGGAACACCCCAAGGCAUUGCCCGUAAGAAUGAU